GCCGAGAAUAUCCUUCCGCGCUCUCCCCCUCCCCCUUCUGGAGAGUUCUGCACGGCGGCGCAGGACAAAUAGUCCCCGCCGUUUGCCGUGUCCCACCCCCGCCCCGCUCCUCCUCCGUCUCGCCCAGCGCUUCCCCUCGCCCCUAGCCCGACCUCAGCCCCCGUCCCGCUGCCGCCGAGCCCGCGCCAUCCCGCAGCCCAGGGCGGCGGGAGCAGCUGAGGCCCGGCGGAGUGAUACGCGGAAGGUCGGCGAGGAGGCGCCAGCGCAUAAAGGCGCGGCGGAGGGAUGCGCUAGGAGCUGCGGCAGCGAUCUCCAGCCCAGCGGCCGCCGCCAGGGAGCAGCGCCAGGCCGCCCGCCGCAGGCCCCGCGCCCCCCCGCCGCCACCGCCUUCGGGGGGGCCCCCCUCUCCCUUCCUUCCCUCCCCUUUCUCUCUCUCCUUCCCCUCCCCCUUCCCCUCCCCCCUCCCGUCACCGCGCCGCCGCCACCUCCGCGCUCCUCCUUCCCCCCCUUCCCCUCGGAAAAUAGUCCCCGCGGGCUGCCCCCUCCCGCCCGCCCCUCCUCGCCGCCUCGCGCACACAAUGGCGCUGAAGAGAAUCCACAAGGAGUUGAAUGAUCUGGCACGUGAUCCUCCAGCACAGUGUUCUGCAGGGCCUGUUGGUGAUGACAUGUUCCAUUGGCAAGCUACAAUAAUGGGACCAAACGACAGUCCCUAUCAAGGUGGAGUAUUUUUCUUGACAAUUCACUUCCCAACAGAUUAUCCCUUCAAACCACCUAAGGUUGCAUUUACCACAAGAAUCUAUCAUCCAAAUAUUAACAGUAAUGGCAGCAUUUGUCUUGAUAUUCUACGAUCACAGUGGUCCCCAGCACUAACUAUUUCAAAAGUACUUUUGUCCAUCUGUUCUCUGUUGUGUGAUCCCAAUCCAGAUGAUCCUUUAGUGCCUGAGAUUGCACGGAUCUACAAAACAGAUAGAGAAAAGUACAACAGAAUAGCUCGGGAAUGGACUCAGAAGUACGCCAUGUAAUUAAAGAAAUUAUUGGAUAACCUCUACAAAUAAAGCUAGGGGAACUCUGAAAGAGAAAGUCCUUUUGAUUUCCAUUUGACUGCUUUCUAUGAGCCCACGCCUCAUCUUCCCCUGUGCACAUGUUUACCUGAUACAGCCGUGCUGCGUGUUGUACAUACUUGGAACAACAACAUAGAAAUACUGUAUUUCCCCGUACCAACAUUGACUCCUAGCAGAGAAGUGUGUGUGUGAAAAGCUGGUUCUUCAGUCAUAACUUUGUGAGCCUAAAAGCAUUCCUGGGCCGUUUAAAGUGGGUGCUAAAGCGUGGAGGGGAGAGCUCUGUGGGCUUGGCCUGGCCUUGCUGAUCCGUGAAAGGGUUUUCUGUGGAAUCCUUUUAAACUCAUAACAGUUAUGAAAGGCAAGGUGAAGAACUUGAAGCUGUUUCUGUAUUCAUUUUAUCCUGAAGGACCUACAUCUUAGGUAAAUGUCAUGACCAAUGGGAGAAGCUGUACCCACCAUCCUGUGUUUGAGGUCUGAGCUGCAGCGCUCGCCAUGGCCGUGGCUGGGGGCUGCUGGUGCGUCCCGUGCUCUUCAUUCGUUUCAACUCUCUCCCUCCCUCCACACUUUAUUUUGUUUGGUUUGUAUGUGGUUUCUCAGUUAAUACAUAGCUAAUAGCUCUUAUUUUUCUUAAGUUUUUUAACUGCUUAGGUCUUUCUGGAUGUAAGGGCAAGAGAAAAGCAAAACCAAACCAAUCCAUUUGACAGACAACUUGUGUAUAUUUAAGCUCCCAGCUGCUCCCCUGGAGCCUGUACGGUGGAGAAUGAUUAAUCUGUGUAAUAAACUGAUUACUACAGUCAUUACAUAUAACCUGGUGUGAACAGGCUUUUAAUUGGGAGAGCAGUUGGUUGCAGGCUGGAGGUGAGGGUGGGUUUCUCUCAGCCCUGGCACUGUGGAGGGCUUGGGGUGGCACCCCAGCCCCGUGCCCUGCCAGGAACCCCACUGUGCCACCACAGCAGCAGCUGAGGGAUGUGGGUUGGUUGGUUUGUUUGCAAAAGCCUGAUGGUAUUCCUCCCACUUGCAUGGGACCUAACACAAUGCAUAUGUACUGUAGGUAAGUGAAACCUUCUGUAACUCAAAUAAUGGAUGUAAAAGGGUUGAGAGGAUACUGAACCUACCAAACACAUCAGCACAGACUUUCAUACAAUGUAGCUUUUACAUGAUUACUUUGCACUAAACAUUGGCAAAUGUUCAUACAGAUUCAAA